UCGAAAGAGCGGGAAAAAGCCCUACCGCAAGUCAGCAUUUGCAGCUUAGCACUGGCCACAGGCAGCAGACACAAGAAAUCCGACAGUGGACGCAAGGAGAUGGCGCCAAUCGUUCAGAGCUCCCAGCCAUGGGUGGAGAAAUAUCGGCCAAGGCAAGUUAAAGAUGUAGCCCACCAGGAUGAAGUGGUUCGAGUACUCACAAACACCCUCGAAACCGGAAGUUGCCCGCACAUGCUAUUCUAUGGUCCACCCGGCACUGGAAAGACCACAACUGCACUUGCGAUUGCCCAUCAGCUCUUCGGACCGGAGCUUUACAAGUCUAGGGUGCUGGAACUGAAUGCGAGUGAUGAUCGUGGGAUUAAUGUUGUGCGGACAAAGAUUAAGGAUUUUGCCGCUGUGGCUGUUAGUACUAGUCAGCGUAAGAGUGGUCACCCAUGCCCGCCUUAUAAGAUUAUUGUUCUAGAUGAGGCAGAUUCAAUGACCGAAGAUGCUCAGAAUGCUCUGCGUCGUACAAUGGAAACUUACUCUAAGGUUACAAGGUUCUUUUUUAUAUGCAAUUACAUCAGCAGGAUUAUAGAACCACUUGCUUCAAGGUGUGCAAAAUUCAGGUUUAAGCCGCUGUCAGAAGAAAUCAUGAGCAGCCGGAUACUGUACAUUUGCAAUGAAGAAGGGCUUAAUCUUGAUUCUGAGGCUCUUUCAACCCUUAGUUCCAUUUCUCAAGGAGAUCUCCGUAGGGCUAUUACAUACUUACAGUCGGCUGCCCGCUUAUUUGGAUCUUCAAUUUCUUCAAAGGACCUGAUUUCUGUCUCUGGGGUCGUUCCAACAGAGGUUGUGCAAGCAUUUCUUGCAACAUGUAAAAGUGGUAAUUUUGAUCUAGCAAACAAGGAGGUCAAUGAUUUCAUUGCAGAAGGAUAUCCAGUCUCUCAGUUACUAACUCAGUUAUUUGAGGCCAUUGUUGAAGCAGGUGAUAUAUCAGAUGAACAGAAGGCAAGAAUAUCCAAGAAAUUGGGUGAAGCAGAUAAGUGCCUUGUGGAUGGUGCCGAUGAAUAUUUGCAGCUUCUUGAUGUGGCCAGCAAUACAAUUCGAGCUUGCUGUAACAUGCCAGAGACUUUUUCUUUCGAGGGAUAGUUAUGAAUAUAAAAUUAUGCACAUGCAACUUGUUAAAAAAGACCAGAGUCUACUAAAAUUCAUACUAUGUAAUGCUGGCCAGGUCAGAGUCUUGGUCUUGCGGAAACUUGCCAUGUGACUGUAAUCUGUAUCUAUUAUUGUUAUUGGCUUCCAAAUAGCUUCGCGAUCUUGUUACUUGUGUUCGAUAUAAGGGAAAAAGAGAACAAAGAUUCCCGUGUU